AAUGCAGGGCUGAAAGUGCAGCGAGUAUUUAAACCAGGCUGGCAGUGCCAGAGCCCCACGGGGACCGGGACACCGCUCACUCACAGCAGGUCCAGGGUCAGCCUGAGAGGGAAAGCAAGAAGUGCCCAACACUGCAGGAGGAGCCCUGAGUGGAAUGCAAGAAAAAUGACUCUGCUGGCGUUGCUGUUCCUGCUCGCCUUGCUCCCAGCGGGAUCUGCAAAGAGCAGACACCUCCCCAAGGCAAGCAUCUCCAGCCCCGUGUUCGGCCCGCGGCAGGUCCAUGGCGUGCUGGGCGGCUCGGUCACCGUGAAAUGCUUCUACCCGGCCACCUCGGUGAACAGACACGACAGGAAGUACUGGUGCAAGGAGUCGGGCUCCAGGUGUGUGACCAUGGUGUCCACGAACUACGUCGCUCCGAGCUACCAGGACAGAGUCUCCCUCACUGACCACCCCGAGGCAGAGAACUUCCAGAUCAACAUCUCGGCGCUGGGGCUGGAGGACUCCGGCUCCUACCAGUGUGGUCUUGGGGUCAAUGGCAGAGGGCUCUCCUACAGAGUCACUCUCACUGUUGCUGAAGCCCCACCUGUUCCUGAGGCGGCUGAGCUCUUCUACGUGAAGCUCCGCAGCACCUGGACCGUGUCCUGCAGCUUUGGGCCGGAGACUGCCGACAUGAAGAGAUACCUGUGCAAGAAGGACAAGGAGGGCUGCCGGACCAUUGUCAACAGCUAUCAGGAAAUUGAUGAUGCCUUCAAAGGCAGAGCUCUGCUGACUUUUGAGGAGCCUCUAGGCUCAUUCAGUGUCACGAUGACCCAGAUGGACUGGGAAGACGCAGGCUUGUACUACUGUGGGACCAGCGAAUAUGGGAGCGGAGGAAAAUCGAAGGAACUGGACGUGUUUGUCUAUGAGGACAAAAACUUCCCUCAGUUAAAGACCACGGUAACCGGGAUAAAAGGAAGUUCGGCAACUUUCGAGUGCCUCUAUGAUCCUCUAAAGAAAUCCACCACGAGGAUCUGGUGCAAGUGGAGAGUCCAGGGAUGUGACAAGAUCAUCGACAACACUGGGUACGUGAAGUACUCGUACGAGGGAAGAGUGGCCAUGUUCGAGAACCCCGGAAACAAAACCGUCACCAUCGUCCUGAACCAGCUGGAGGCCAAGGACCAAGGCUUUUACUGGUGCAUGUCAAAUGAGCUGAAGGAGCAGCAAUCAUCAACGGAGCUGAAGGUUGUAGACGGAGAGCCUGGGCUGACUGGCAAGAAGGAAGUGGAGGCACCAGUGGGCUCCCGGCUGGGUUUGACCUGCUCCUACCCCUGCAAGUACUACUCCUACGAGAAGUACUGGUGCAAGUGGAACUACACCGGCUGCCCCGUGCUGCCAGCGCAGGACCAGGGGCUGCCGGGGCCAAGUGCCACCUGUAACACGUCCAACAAGACGGUCGUGCUGAGCUUUGACCCGGUGACGGAGGAAGAUGAAGGCUGGUACUGGUGCGGGGUGAAGCGCAACGGGCUCUUCGGGGAAGUCAUGGCCGUGCAGCUGCGGGUGGCCGCAGGGAACGAUGCCAGGCACAGCCCAGAGCUCCUGGAUGUUGGCGAUUCCAGCCCCGAGUCCGGAGCUGCUCCCCCGGGAGGAGCCUACAGCGAUGCCGAGGUGCGAAAAGGAGCUUCCCCAGAAAGCUCUGAUGAAAGCCACGGCUCCAACACUCUUGCCUUGGUGCUGGGCCCUCUUGCUGGGCUGAUCCUGAUCGUCGUGACAGCUUUUGCCAUUGUCAAAUACAGGCAGAUGAAGAGAUCUGACCUGGUGUCCGUGGGGAGCUACAGGACGAACAUCAGCAUGUCAGACUUUGAAAGCGUCAGGGACUACAGCGCCAGCAACAGCGCCUGCGUGAAGGACAGCCAGGAGACCCCCAUGGGGCAGGACGAGUUCAUCACCACCACGGACACUCUGGAAAGCGCUGCCGACACAAAGAAGGCAAAAAGGAGCUCCAAGGAGGAUGCUGACCUCGCCUACUCCUCCUUCCUCGUCACCUCCGACAGCAUCGCCCAGGACAGCUCCAGGGGGGACAGCACUGUCCUGGACGUGUCCCCCAAGCAGGACCAGGUCUGAGGGGGAGGUGGCAGCGCCUGGGACCAGCUCUGCCUUGAGGAUCACGAUGUCAGCCAGCAACACUCUUCAUUGCUGCCACAACUUGCUAUAGCUUGACCUCUUUUUGCUUAAAUUCAGCUUCAAGCGGUGAUUUAGGAGGAAUCGUUUGAUGCCAGAGGGGGCUGGGCUGGAAGUGCAGGACUGAGUGAGGAGGCUGGGCCGGGGAGCAGCAGGAACUCGAGCGGCUCAUCCCACCAGCAGCCCCAGUCCCAGCACUGAGGUCUCACGGGCCAGAAGGAGCAUUGGGAAAAAAAAAAAAAAAAAAAAAAGAAAAUAAAAAAAACCCAUUUUGUUUUAAAGGCAGCUGGAAAACCCUUCAGAACAGCAUCUGACGCUUUUGAUUCCUCUAAGCUUUUGCGACCUGUGGGCAGCACCUGCAGGCCAGACACGGUCUGGAGUUUUUUGUAUGCACGAGCAAUAAAGAAUCCAGUGGCUUUCA